UUCUCAUUAUACCAAAUUUUAAGGAUUAACUUACCUAACCAAAACAUUUAUUAAGGCCAUUCUGUUGAUGUAUGUCUUUUUAACUGCUUUCUCCAUUUCAAAGGCUGCAAUGAGCAGUUGCAAUUGAAUUAUGCUGGUAUGAAUAGACCUUACCCCACCUGUCCUCUGUCAAAUAAAACCUCUGAUAAAAAAAGGUAUUCAAAAGUUAUAGCUAGUAAAAAUGGAAUUUUAUAAGUAGAAAGGGUGAGAAAUUGACAAAAGAUAAUAAAUGGGAUUGCUUGGAAUCGUGGCAAUGCUGGUUGCACACUGCACAUAGCACAUUGUUACAUAAUAGAGGUAAUGUUGCAUGUGGCCCCUUCUUCCUAAAGCUCCUUUAUUAACUCUUUUGUCUCUUAAUUUUCAAAUUGGAUAUUCUCAUAAAGAUCAGCAAUGUAGAAGUAUAUUACUUCCCUUUUUUAUCUGCUCCACAAAAAAUGUAGAAGUAUAUUACUUGCCUUUUUUCAACACAGAACAGUAACGGUAUUAGCAAAGAAGUAAAUAAUAUCGAAUGCUUGAAUCAGCUCUAUGAGAUGACAUGAAACUUGGUCAAUGUAAUAACUUUUCUUGUUUAUUGGUUUCACAGUAAAAGCAACGUUAAUUCAUUUGUUUGUUUGUCUGUCAACCCCAUGUAAAACAAAAUCUAAAGCCAAUAAAACAAAAUAAAUAAGAGUAGAACAUUAUAAAUAAAUAAAAGCAAAGACAGACUACAGAAGACUGGAUAUAAAAAUAAAUUCAGAAGACGACUCAAAAAACAGUGGAAUUUUGUAAAAAGUAAAAAAAGAUGCAGAAGAGUAGAUAAGCCAACUUUAUUUUAAUUUUUCACUUACCCUACUGAAUUUUUCUUAUAACAUACACUUCCUCUCUCUCUCACCUAGACUCUCCCCUCUCCUACAACUAGACUUUAAGACUCUCAGUGUUGAGUAAUGUAAAAUAACCAUCUGGCCAUUUUAUAAAUUAAAACUUUCUCUAUUAAAGCAGAGAUCCAACAUCAUCAAAGUUCAAACUCAUUCACGACUACACCCAUGGACUACGAAUACGGAGGAGGAGAGUACUGCAGGAGGGGACACGUGCCGGCGUUUGGGGGUUGGGACUGGAACGACGCCGUACCAUUCACUCAGUGCUUCGAGACAGCAACAACUCAGCAGCCUUCUUAUCUCCACCACUACCCUCCUUACCCUCAAGACCGUGAUCUUUACCUCGCUGGUGAUCUUUACGACAACCACCACCUUGUCGCUCCCGCCGUCAUCCUCCUCCCUCGACGCCGGGCUAAGGUGGGCCAGGAGCCGAAGAGAACCAGCUCCAAGGAGCAACACAAGUUCAAGAAGGAUGCGCGUGAGUCUAACGCGCCGAGGAGCUGUCCAACACCGGUGGUGAAGCCGAGGACGGCGAGGCCUAAGCCUGUGGAUGAAGACUUGUACAAGGUGUCUCCUCGACUUCUCUCCCUCAAAUCCACAAAGAAAAGGGGAGGAGGGUUUGGGUGCAUUUCAAGAUGUUUUUUGCCGACACGGGUGCUUUGAAGCCACAAGCGUGACAGAUUGCGAGUGAGACAACACUUUGGAGUAUGUUUUAAAAAUACCGUGUGGUUUUGAAGUUGUGUAUGUGUAUUUAUGCGUAGGGAAAAAGAAUAUGAAUUAAUCUAAACGAUAAGCUUUAUAUGCUUCGGGGAAAACGAGCCAUAUUGUGUUACGUAUAAUAUGUUUUUUUUUUAAUGAGGCUUCUUGUUUUGCAACUUUUUCAUUAUUUUUUUCGAAGUAUGUCCAAGUUUGUACUGUUUUGGUAGUAGUGUAACUGUUGGAUUUGGUGAGAGAUUUGGGAUGUGAAAGGAGUUAAAAGGCUGAGGAAGGAGGGGGGAAUGUUGAAUAGAAUAGCUUAGCUUCGUCAUCUACAUAAAGUUUGACUUGUGCCAGACUACCUCUUACCUUUUUCUCCUUUUUGUGAUUUGGAAAAAUAUAAUUUUAGUCUCAAGCAUGUCCAGAGAAAAGCAAGUAAUUCUCAGUAUAUAUCAGGAUUUAUAAAUUUUAGAAGAGGAAAAGGUGUUUUAAACCAUAAGUCCUCCGAUCAAAGAUGACUGGGACUUUACUCGGUCUUUACCAAAAGGAAUAUGAAACAGAGCAAAACGAAUUUUAGUUUAGUGAAGCCUGAAACUUUCUUAUAUCAACUUAAAUCGGAAAACAACAUAAGAUUCAUGAAGUCCGAUCUUUUUAAGUUGAUAGACACUGCAAAAAGCUCGUCAAAACGAAGAUGAUUCCGCUAGCCGGAAGGUAUUAAUUAGAUCGGACAAGCCGAAUAUGUAUAUCUGAUCAAAAGAUCUAACAAAAAAAAAACAAAAUAUUUUUUUACCUCUUCAUUUUUUCCAUGCGAAUGAUCAGUUUUUUACCGUGUUGUGGUUGACGAUCAGAUAUGCCAUGCCGUGUUGUGCCAGAUGAUAAGCUACUACUUUCUGUAUUAUGACUCGACCAUCUGCUAUAUCAGCAUUUCGGUGACACACUGAAACAGAUAGUGCCAAGAUGAUCUAAUCAAUCCCGAGUGUAUCUCUCAGCAACAAAUAGCUGUCUCUAGUAUCUGGUGCAAAGGCUGCAAAAUAAGAGAGUCUACAUGAGAAACAAGGAAGCGAACAAACUCAAUUUGCACAAGAGGUAAUAUACUAUAAGAUGCAUAUUGGUCUACAGAAAAGAUCAAUCAACAACUGAAUAAUUGUGCUAUGCAACUGAAGCACAAAUAACCACACCCUCUAGUCGCAGAUAGUGAAACAACAAAAGAAUGUCCAUAUAAUAUCUCUCCAAUAGCUGAAGAUACUAAACGAUAUCUCCACUCAGACUCAUAUUCAACAAAAUGAUUGACUUUCUCCCAGUUACCAUCACCUUGUAGUGUUGCUCUACUAAACCCCUGUAUCAGAUCAUCAGAUGCCAGAUAAUGUCAGAUUAUAAGAAACCAAGCUUAAGUCAGUAACAUUAGCUCACUCAUUACCUUUGUUGGUGUUGGAACUCUGUUUUAUAAAAGAAAUAUAAAGGCUGACCUUUUUGACUUUUUCCGGUGGCUUUUACAGCCAACUCGGUGGUCUUCAUGACCGGAUUAUUAGCUUGUUAGAAAACUUGUAACGAGAUCUACAAUCCAGUAUAUUCAUAUGUCAAAAACAAAGCUAAAUUGAAUGAGAAAUAAUGUGAUGAACUCGGAAUGUGAAACACUGUCAAAAUGGACAAGUGUUAUAAACUCAACUUUGUUCCACAUCGGGUAAGUUGAAUGUUUCUGUAUUGUAUAAAUAUGUGUUAAGGCAUACCACUUGUCAAAGGCUUCAUGGAAGGUGAUCGGCUCGGUUCUGCCCUUCUGGACCAAAUUACUUUUGGUUUUUGGCCCAUUUUCGAAUAAAAAACAGCAUGCAAUUCGUUUUUAAACGACGUAUAGUUUGUAUCAAACCGACAGCACUUUUUCUGUUCGCCUAAGAAUUUUUUAAAACAAAAAGAGAGCGUCUUGCUGAAUAAGUUUCGCAACUCAUUUUUCCUCGAUCUCUGCGAGUUUCUCGUCCAUGUACAUCAGUUGUUGCGAAAAGUGGGUCUUCUCCUUCUCUUUAAAUAAACUUGUCUCUCUCAUUCAUUCCUUAACGUUUUUUACACAACGCAAACCAGCAAAUCCUAUAGCGUAAGUCCAGAGAGCGUUCCGUAGAAAUAGUAGUUCGAUAGGGCGUUCACGAGUGAAGCUCGUCUGCCAUAGUUGUUUAUCGUAUAGUUUGUAUCAAACCGACAGCACUUUGUCUGUUCGCCUAAGAAUUUUUUAAAACAAAAAGAGAGCGUCUUGCUGAAUAAGUUUCGCAACUCAAUUUUCCUCGAUCUCUGCGAGUUUCUCGUCCAUGUACAUCAGUUGUUGCGAAAAGUGGGUCUUCUCCUUCUCUUUAAAUAAACUUGUCUCUCUCAUUCAUUCUUUAACGUUUUUUACACAACGCAAACCAGCAAUUCCUAUAGCGUAAGUCCAGAGAGUGUUCCGUAGAAAUAGUAGUUCGAUAGGGCGUUCACGAGUGAAGCUCGUCUGCCAUAGUUGUUUCAUGUGACUUGAUAUUCGUAUAGUCCUGUCUCGCUACGGAGAGAAUAUAUAGAGUCAAGGAAAAAGAUUCUAUUUCGACUCCAUGUUAAAUUUCUAAUGCCACCGGUUUGAGGUCAAUUCAAAGGUUAGAUCAGAAGUUAUGCUCGUUUUACUGAAGAGUGGUUAGUAUGUCUCGCGAGAAAGAGAGAGAGAGCUGUCGAAGAGAUGAAGGAACGUCGAUCGACGGUGCACCCUUGGUGUCGAUCGACGGUGAUGCCAUAACGCGGGCCGAGUAUAUUUCAAGACCGACCUAAGCCCAGAAGCAACCACAAAUUACCAGAAUACCCAUAAACGACCAAAAACUGUAUUUUAUGUGUUUUCUAAGCCAUUGUUGACAGCUACGCUUUUUAUUAUUUUAUUCUAUUGUUUUCUCUUAGGUUUGGAAAAUAUCAAUUCUCCUUCAAAGAUUGAUAGGAACUCCAUUGGUUUUAUCAUUGAUUUCUUAUAUAUUAUAUUUUUCAGUCUAUGAAUUGAAUUAUUGCUACCACGUCUGAGUAAUUCACCUGUUAGGUUUAGGGUUCAAAUAGGUUAUGAAUGAUUAGCCAAAAAUAUAGAAUUGCUAAGUUGUUAGUGAUAUCCAUCAAUAGAAUUAUUCUUACUGCUUGUGUUCUAGAGUCGCGAACUAGAACCCUGAACUUAGAUAAUUAGGCGCACACGGCAGCAUGGUCUUUUAUCUGAAUUUAUUCUCAUUAAACUAGGAUUGCUAGAAACAAACGACAAUUGAUCUAGGAAACCUAGUGAACACAUUCAAACCCGAUCGCUAAAGCUUGUUGGAAGGAACAUCGAUCGACAACCCUAUAGGUGUAUCGAUCGACAACCCUAUAGGUGUAUCGAUCAAUGUUAUGAAAGGUUUAUCGAUCGACUAUCUAUACAUAGUAUCGAUCGACAGCCCUAUAGGUGUAUCAAUUGAUGUUCUGAAAGGUGUAUCGAUCGACUAUCUAUACAUAGUAUCGAUCGACACUUUUUCAAGAUCGAUAAACGAUAGUUGAGAUCUUAGAUCUAGACAAUAGAUAAUCUAAACAACUGAAGUUGAUAGAUUAUUACUUAAGUUUGAGUUCUAGAAUAUCAUGCAUGCAACUUUAGUCUCUAUACUAUUAUAAUCAUGAUUACCUGAAUAAAAACCCUAAGUCUAGCUAUUUUCCUUAUUGCUUACAACUUCAAUCAUCGAAGAACUGCCUUGUUCACCAUGCUUACUUCUUUUUUUAUUGUUUAAAUAUUGAUUACCUAACUUAACCUUGAUUUCUAUAGUUUAUUGUGUACCCUAGCUCUCUGUGGAUUCGAUCCCCAAGUACUAUAAUUGAACAUCGUAUUUGAUGAAACUUUAUUUUAAACUCUUGUUGAACUUGGUUCUGCUAUGCGAUAACUCUCUUAAGAGACUGAAGCUCGUUUUCAUCAUCAUUCUCUGUCAUCCUAUACUUCGAUUCCCCCUUCGUGCCAGUCUGUUCCAUCUCUAGGAUGUUGACUUGAGCUUUUAAUAUAACUUUAUCCUUGAUGAGCUGCAAGUUUUCAUGACUGAGUUCUGCAAACUUACCAAAAAGAACUUGAUACUCAGCUACAAGAUCUGCAUCUAGAUCACUUUCUGUAUCACCGUGUGACGCAUCAGAAUCGAUGUGUGACACACACGACGCACAAAUUUCACCUUUAGUGAUGUCUUUCUCAGACCCCAUAACUCCAUGAAGAGCCACAAAAUUGAGAGCAUCUUCUUUCUUUCUAGCUUUUUAUCACUGGAACUUCUCUUCAUCUUCUUUGUGUUCAGACAUGCUGAUUUUAUGUGCCCAUAACCAUUACAUUCGUUACACUUAAUUUUUUUUCUUUUGAAUGAUGGACAACCUGUUUUAAAAAGUCCAAUACCAUGAUAAUUAAAACACACCCACUUCCUGUUUUUUAUGUCUUUCUUCUUCUUAAGACAGUUUGUCAUUGGACAUCUUAUACAAGAGAUUCAUGGUUUCUUCAAGUUUCUGAAUCAUCAGGUGAACAGAAUCUUCAUGUUCUUAAGCUCUUUGGAUGCCUUCAUAAACUUUAAUUCUAAAAUCUUGAGCAGGCUUUGAAGACUUAGAUUCCAAUUCCAUCUCUUCAGCCUUUAAUAUCCCUACUACCUCAGCAAAUUUGAGUUCAUCGUCAAAUUUAUCGCCGCUUUAUGUGCUGCAAACUUAGUAGGUAAACAUCGUAAAAGUUUCUUCAUCAAUUUUGCAUCUUAGUAUUUUUUACCUAAAACUUGUGUUUCAUUGACUAUGGAGCUGAGCUUUGCACUGAAUUAUCUCAUCUUCUCAUCAUCACUCAUCCUUAUGUCUUCAAACUGUGAUGCAAGCAAGUCCAAUUAUCUUCCUAACAUUCGCAGUACACUCAAACGCAUUUUGUAGUAUAUCCCAAACUUCCUUAGCUGAUUCACAGCCCUGUAUAAGCUCAAAUGGCUUUUCAUCUACAAAAUUAAAGAUUGUAUCCCGUGCUUUCGCAUUAAACUUUGAAAAAAAUUUCUCUGUUGCAGUCCACUUUGUCUUCGGUUUAGGUGUUUUCAAGCCAUCUUCUUGCAUCACCCACAGAUCUUUCCAUCCAGAUUGAACAACUGUCCAUAUAUCUUCAUCAGUUCCACGUAAGUUUGCUCUUAUUCUCACUUUCCAAUACCCAUAGUUCACACCAUUCAGCAGUAAAUCGCUAUUCUCUGUUGCAGUCCACUUUGUCUUCGGUUUAUAUGUCAAAAUCGCCAUAUUUUAUUCUUAGGAUCUCACCUUGGUUCUAAGAACCCUUCUUCGUUUAGGUGUCCUGCUCUGAUAUCAAUUGUAAAAUCGAGAUUCGGCGAAAACACAAGGCACAAAAUAGUUCCAAAAACACAUAUUUCUUUUAUUAAAAAUCUUUUACACAAUCUCUUAUAUACUUGUUUGAUCAGAAUUACACAACUUGACACAUAUCAAUUUUUCCCACACCUAACUUGCUUGACUCAACCUCUAAACCUCUGUUGGUCAAGUCUACCAAUCCACUCAGCUCAAUCCACUCAGCUAAGAAACUCCAAAACUUAUGCAUUUCUCUCUGAGAAUUACAACGUCAAAAGCUCUAACCCUAAUUUUAGAAAAACCUAAAAUAUAUAUUACAUAUUUUUUUCUAUUAUCCAAUUUAUUUUAUCUUAUAUUUUAGGAUCACAAAAUCUUCUAACUUGUAAUCUAAUAACACUUUUUUAAUGUUUGGUUGAUAUAAGAAAACAUUUCACAUCAUGACAUUUCAAUUUCAUUCUCUAAAGCAUGUAUCACACAUCAUUUUCAGGUGUACGGGAACCAAAGUUCCACCACUGCAUCAACCUAUAAAGCUCCAAAUUGUUGAGCUUACAUUCCCACAGCCGAUGAUGAACGGAAUGGUGCUGUUGACGGAAUUCUCAGGUUAUGCGGAGAGGGCGGCGAGGUUCUCUUGCUUCGGUAGCCGGAGUUUCAACGAAAGAACUAACUCCAGUCUCCCUGUCAACAACGGCAAGAUCAUAAACUCUGGGAAGCUGACACGUGUCUCCAGCACACCAGCUCUUAACUCCUUUGUUUCUCCGUUGGUUCCCGCCGGAGAAUUUUCGCGGAAAAGAAAAUCUGUGACGAAAGGAAAAUACAAGGAGACCCCACUGCUUCUCCAGCUACGGUUUGGCAUGAUCCCAUGAGUUUUGUCUUUUGCCUUUUUUUAUAGGGUUUUUGCACUAGAUAGCAAAAAUAUAGAAGUAUAUUAAGUAAGUGGAUAAGGUACUGUGUAUUUUUCAGUGAUACCGAAAGUGUCCUUGGUCGUAUAAAAAAGAAAUACAAUUGGAAAAUUAAAAAAUCUGAAGAGACGGUUGUAGAGAGAGAUAGAGAGAGUGAUAAUAAUGCAAAGAAUCAGAAUAUUCAAAAAAAAAUUCUCUUGACUGCAAAAACCUAAAGAGGUUUGAUAUAAAUUUGUUUCCUAGUAUAUCGUCUCGUUCUGAACCAACAUCUCAUUUCUUAGUUCUGUCUGCAAAAUCUCUUUUACCAAUCCGUAAUGGUCGCUUCAAAACUAGUCGAUUUUCCAAAAUACAUAGUAGAUGAAACAUAAGUCGAUUUACCUCAGAUGAUGUUCGCGUAUGGAGAGGAACCAGUGGGCGUUAGGGUUCUGACUUACCAGUCUUCCCGAUCAAUCAACACCAUCCUUAAUGCUCUGAACGAAGAUGAGAUCCGAUAUUUCAGAGAGUCAUCUUAUGAGAUCCAGUAUCCUAUAUUUGUAACCGGUCAAUUCUGUCUCGUUAAUGCAAUUUCAGGUUUCGAGCGCUCUUUGUCACGAAGGAAAUUCUUCCCUACCAAGGGGUGGUCGACUAGGUGAAAACAACCAUCAACUCACUCCAAUAGCACGUGAAGAUAUUGAAGUAAGGAUUCAAUAAUGUAGAUAUGCACACUAUUUUCAAAUAUCCAGUUACUAAUAUUAAAAUCCGGAGAAAAAAAAAAUGUAAUCCUACAAUCAUUACAACAUAGUCACAAAUAUAUGCUUCCCUCUACGUCUUGGCUUCGUUAAUAUGGUAAAUCUAACAUCCAAGUUUCGUUAUUUGACAGGGAACAGACGCAGCUGAACAGGAAACCAUGGUCCUAUGGCGUCGAGCACUCCCCACCUUACGUUCAGAACAACGACCAACAUUUUCUAAAAUAUCUUGCUUUGAAUCCCAUUUCGGACAAACAAUUAGUAAAAUAUCUUACAACUCUUCUCUCUUCAAUUAUUAAACCUAUAUCCGGUUUCAACCUCUUAUAUCAUCAAUUAUUAUCAAUUUAUCAGGUUUCAAAAUGUAGUUUGCGUUUCCAUACAAUAUCAAUAGAACUUAAUUUUUUUGGCAUCAGCUCUGGUAGCAGGUAACACAUACGUAAUGAAGAAGUUUUAGCUCGAUGAAAAAAAUUGACAACUCAACGCAUAAAUAACAUGAUUUGCUAAUUAUUUAAAAAAAAUACACACUUCUGCAAUUACCGCCCACAAUUUAUAUAUUGAGCUAAAUAGGCCUUUUUUAUAUUAUGUUCCAUAAAAGAAUAUUUUACGGCUAUGCACAUUAGUUUUCUCUUUUGCAUUUUAGUUAAAGUUAGAACGUUCUUUUUUCGAUAAAAAAAAUGAAGUUAAAGUUAGAAAGUAGAAACGCGUGAUUGCUUUUCAUCUUUUAUUAAUAAAAAAGGAAUUACAGAUAACUUUUUCUUGUUAUAUUUAUUGUGAUGUCAAUUAUAGAAAGUCUUGUUCACCAAGAUUUACUUGUACUUGGUCUCCAAGCUAAACCCUCAUAUUGUAUCCCUAUAUAAAGAGUUCAUUAUUCAUGGAAUAAGACACACCAAUUCCUCUCUUCUCUUGUAUUCUCUUCUUUAUUCAAAACACGUUAUCAGCACGAAGCUCUAACGAUCUUGAGCUAAUAGUGAGCUAUGUCGAAAAUUUCUAGUCUUGAAUUUGAAGUUCUUGAUAUCACUGGAAACAACUAUUUGGCUUGGGCAUUAGAUGCCGAGUUUUCCCUUAGUGCAAAGGGACUUGAAGGUACAAUCCUAGAAGGAAAUCAAGCGGGAAAUCAAGAUAAAGCAAAGGCUAUGAUAUUCCUUCGUCAUCACCUCCAUGGAGAUCUCAAAAAUGAGUAUUUGACGGUGAAAGAUCCACAAGUCCUUUGGAGCGACUUAAAGGAAAGGUAUGAUCACCAGAAAACUGUGAUUUUACCUAAAGCUCGUUAUGAAUGGGCACAUCUGAGAUUACAAGACUUUAAGUCUGUAAGUGAUUACAACUCAGCCUUGUUCAAAAUUACUUCCAAGUUGGAGUUAUGUGGGGAGAAAAUCACGGAAGCUGAUAAGUUAGAGAAGACAUUCUCUACUUUUCAUGCAAAUAAUGUUGUCCUGCAGACACAAUACCGUGAAAAGGGAUUCCAGAAGUAUUCCCAACUUAUAUCUUGUCUCCUUGUGGCUGAGCAAAACAAUGAGCUUUUGAUGAAAAAUCAUGGACUACGUCCAACUGGUUCUGCUCCAUUCCCUGAAGCGAAUGUGACUGAACAGAACAACACUGGCCGCGGAAAUGGCUACACUCGUGGUCGCGGUCGUGGCCGUGGUCGUGGACAUGGUCGUAGAGGUACACGUGGACGUGGAUAUGGUCAAAUUCGAGUCCGGGGAGUUUCUUUUAAGAACUCUAACUCUCACCAGAAGUGGGAAAAGAAAGAUGGUGACAAACAAGAAAAUGAAUGCUACCGAUGUGGAAGUAAAGACCAUUGGGCUCGUACGUGCCGUACACCAGCACAUCUUGUUGCCUUGUAUCAACAGUCAGUAAAACAAAAGGGAAAGAAUGUGGAAACAAACAUGGUGUACGAAGGUGGAGAGGAUGAUUUUGAUUUUGGUGAUGCCACUCACCUUGACCUUUCCGAUUUUCUCGUUGAUGAAGAGAAAAAGUGAUUGAGCAAUAACUAUUUAAGAGAUAUUAUGUUUUAGUUUAUUUAUUGGCUUUUAAUUAUUUGGCUUUUAGUCAUUAGCUUUGGUUUUUAUUUACUAUGAUGUUGUUUCUUUUGCAUUAAUGAAUUUAAUCUAUUUUAUUAUUUUAUAUGAGAUUAUAAUUUAUUUUAUUUAUUUAUUUGAAGAGAAAUGGAUGGUGGAGAUUUAUGCUUAGCAGACAGUGCAACUAGUCACACAAUUCUGAAAAACAAGAAAUAUUUUUCUCAUUUAAUAAAUAGAGAAGCAAGUGUGAGCACUAUAACAGGUAGUGCAAAGAUAAUUGAAGGCUCUGGAAGAGCAAACAUAAUACUUCCUAUGGGAGCACAACUUGAAAUUGUUGAUGCAUUGUAUUCCCCUAAGUCUCAAAGAAACUUACUAAGUUUUAAAGAUAUUCGCAGAAAUGGAUAUCAUAUUGAGACUAUGAAUGAAGAAAUAUUGAAUUUCUUCACAUUACAAGUAUUAUUCAUGGCUCUAAGAAAGUAGUAGAAAGACUACCAACAUUCUCCACUGGAUUAUAUUACACUAAGAUUAGUGCAAUUGAGGCAAAUGCCAUAAUAAACCAGAAGUUUACUGAAAAUAUUACUGUUUGGCAUGACCGGUUAGGUCAUCCCGGUUCAACAAUGAUGCGAAAGAUAAUCACAAAUUCAUGUGGGCAUCCACUGAAGAACCAGAAGAUUCUUCCUAAUGAUUAUUCAUGUGCUGCUUGUUCUCAAGGAAAAUUGAUUUUAAGGCCUUCACCAGCCAAGAUAACUCAUGAAUCAAUAAACUUUCUGGAACGUAUUCAAGGAGACAUUUGUGGGCCGAUUCACCCACCAUGUGGAACCUUUAGAUAUUUUAUGGUUCUAAUUGACGCAUCAACAAGAUGGUCACAUGUUUCUUUGUUAUCAACUCGCAACCUGGCGUUUGCAAGACUGCUUGCUCAAUUGAUCAAAUUACGAGCACAUUUUCCAGAUUUUCCCCUUAAGGCAAUUCGCCUAGACAAUGCUGGUGAAUUCAUGUCUCAGGCUUUUAAUGAUUAUUGCAUGUCUAUUGGGAUAAGUGUUGAACAUCCUGUAGCACAUGUUCACACACAAAAUGGUUUAGCUGAAUCGUUAAUUAAACGUCUUCAGUUGAUUGCUAGACCAUUGCUUAUGAAAUCAAAACUCCCAGUCUCUGCAUGGGGACAUGCUAUAUUACAUGCAGCAGCGUUGAUUCGCAUAAGGCCAACGAGUAAUCAUCAAUUCUCCCCAUCACAAUUGAUUAUGGGUCAUGAGCCUAAUAUUUCCCAUCUUAAGAUAUUUGGAUGUGCAGUAUAUGUUCCGAUUGCUCCACCACAGCGAUCUAAAAUGGGACCUCAAAGAAGGUUAGGAAUAUAUGUUGGAUAUGAUUCUCCAUCAAUAAUUAAAUACUUAGAGCCAUCCACAGGGGAUUUAUUUAAGGCCCGAUUCGCAGACUGUCAUUUUAAUGAGUCUGUUUUUCCAAUAUUAGGGGAAGAGAAGAAACAGUUGGGAAAGGAUAUUAAUUGGAAUGAAUUAUCAUUAUCUUAUCUUGAUCCUCGAACUAAAGAAUGUGACCUAGAAGUCCAAAAGAUAAUUCAUUUACAAAGCUUAGGAAACCAGUUGCCAGAUGCAUUUACUGACCCAAAAAGAGUGACUGUGUCACAUAUCCCAGCUGUAAAUGCUCCAGUUAGAAUGAAUGUCCAAGAAGGACAAAAUCAACCUGCUAAUGAGUCUAAAACACGCCUGAAGCGUGGUAGACCUAUCGGUUCUAAAGAUAAAAACCCUCGAAAAAGAAAAGGAGCAGAAAUUGGCAAUAAUGAAACCGAGGUAAUUACUACAAGUGAAAAAUCUCCAGAAGAGAACAUGACACAAAAAGAAAUUCAGGUACCUGAUAAUGAAGAGAUCUCAACUAACUAUGUCAUGUCUGGAAUGAAAUGGAACCGAAAGCAAAUCGACGUCGAUGAUAUUUUUGCAUACAAUGUAGCAGUUGAUCUUAUGGAUGAGGAUCAUGAACCAAAAUCUAUUGAAGAGUGUACACGAAGAAGUGAUUGGCCAAAAUGGAAAGAAGCAAUAGAUGCUGAAUUAAAAUCUCUUGCAAAGAGAGCAGUGUUUGGACCUGUAGUCCGUACACCUAAAGGUGUAAAACCAGUGGGAUAUAAAUGGGUUUUUGUGCGAAAAAGAAAUGAAAAUGGUGAGAUUGUGAGAUACAAAGCACGUUUAGUUGCUCAAGGAUUUUCACAAAUACCAGGAAUUGAUUAUGAAGAGACAUACUCUCCUGUGGUGGAUGCUACUACAUUCAGGUUCCUUAUCAGUCUGGCGAUAAAGGAAGGACUUGAUUUACGCUUAAUGGAUGUAGUCACAGCUUACUUAUAUGGCCCACUAGAUACUGACAUUUACAUGAAAGUCCCUGAAGGAUUUAAACUGCCAGAAGCAGCAAAUUCUAAUUCUCGAGAAAGUUAUAGCAUAAAGUUAAACCGAUCUCUUUAUGGACUGAAACAAUCAGGACGUAUGUGGUAUAAUCGCCUAAGUGAGUACUUGUUGAAAGAAGGCUAUAAAAACGAUCCUAUCAGUCCAUGUAUCUUUAUAAAAAGAUUUGAGAAAGGAUAUGUUAUAAUUGCAGUGUAUGUUGAUGAUUUAAACAUUAUUGGAACUCCUGAAGAGAUUUCAAUUACAAUGGAUUACUUGAAGAAAGAAUUUGAGAUGAAAGAUCUUGGAAAAACAAGAUUUUGUUUGGGACUACAAAUUGAGCACCUUAAGAAUGGAAUCUUAUUGCAUCAACAAACUUACACAGAAAAGGUUGCUAAACGAUUUUCUAUGGAUCAAGCACAUCCUUUGAGUAGUCCAAUGGUGGUAAGAUCACUCGAUGUGAAUAAAGAUCCCUUCCGCCCUAGAGAGAAGAAUGAAGAAGUUCUUGGUCCUGAAGUACCAUACUUAAGUGCUAUAGGGGCAUUAAUGUAUCUUGCCAGUCAUACAAGACCUGAUAUAUCAUUUGCAGUGAAUCUACUGGCAAGGUUUAGUUCAUGCCCAACUCAUAGGCAUUGGAAUGGGAUAAAACAUAUACUCCGAUACCUCCAAGGUACGAAAGACAUGGGAAUAUUCUUUCCUAACCCAUCCGCAGAAGAUUUGAUUGGUUUUGCAGAUGCUGGAUACAUGUCUGAUCCCCACAAUGCUAGAUCACAAACAGGAUAUGUGUUUACUUGUGGUGGAACUGCUAUAUCUUGGCGUUCGAUGAAGCAAACAAUUGCAGCUACUUCUUCCAACCAUGCAGACAUUUUAGCCAUUCAUGAAGCUAGUCGCGAGUGUGUAUGGUUAAGAUCCGUCAUUCAACAUAUACGAGAAGAUUGUGGUCUAUCUACAGGAAAAGAAUCCCCAACAGUCAUGUAUGAGGAUAAUGCUGCAUGUAUCGCUCAACUCAAAGAUGGUUACAUCAAAGGAGACAGGACAAAGCACAUUCUACCGAAAUUCUUUUUCACCCAUGAUCUACAGAAGAAUGGCGAUGUUCGUGUCGUUCAAGUUCGUUCAAGUGACAACUUAGCUGACUUAUUCACCAAGGCGCUACCCACUUCUACUUUCAUGAAGUUGGUUCAUCUUAUUGGAUUACGUCGUCUCAAGGAUCUUGACGUUAGUAUACAUGAGGGGAAGUAAUUGCGUGCUGCACUCUUUUUCCCUUAACCAUGGUUUUUCCCACUGGGUUUUCCUGGUAAGGUUUUUAACGAGGCAGUAUCAUACGCGCAUAAUAGACAUCAAGGGGAAGUGUUAUAUUUAUUGUGAUGUCAAUUAUAGAAAGUCUUGUUCACCAAGAUUUACUUGUACUUGGUCUCCAAGCUAAACCCUCAUAUUGUAUCCCUAUAUAAAGAGUUCAUUAUUCAUGGAAUAAGACACACCAAUUCCUCUC